UUAUUGUUUUACACACAACUGUACAGUCACUUUUACAAUUACAGGAUAGAUGCUUGCGAAUCUGCAGUGGAAAUAGUCACUCCCUAUUGGGCUUCCAACAGUGCGGGGAAAAUUCGUGCCAUCGUCAAUACGCAACAUCUCCAGCAGGCCAUUCAGCAGGAAGUGUGCCAAUCCGUACAAACUAAGAAAUGCAACAACGAAUGCAGCUGCGAACAAAAAUACAAGUGGCACCGUCUGCUUGCGUACGAUCCGGACGACGACUGUAAAGGAAUAUUUAUGGAUUGGUUUCUAUUCCCUUCGUGCUGUGUCUGUCGAUGCACCACACCCAUCAAGUAGUAACGACUUUUGUUUGUCCCGUUAACGAGCCC